AUGGAAGCUAACCCAGAUACCCCUGAUCCAGUUCAGUUAGAAAUUGACCCUGCAAAUGAGAAUGGUUAUAUUGCGGAAGAUAUCGUGCAAGAUACAGUACAAGAGAACCCAGAAGUGGUUCAUGACGUUCAGGAUCACACAAAUGACACUCAAGCAAAUGUCUCUGAAGAGAAUAUGCAUGGCGAUAGGAAUCCUGAAAACAUAAUACCUGACCCAGAAGUGCAAACUGAUGGUAAUCGUGUGGUGCGCAGAAGACAACCCCCUCAAAGAUUUACAUAUUAUGGUCCUGGAAAUCCAGCAUAUAUCAGUCCGGUUUAUGGGGAAAAAGUCGAGCAGUAUCUACCAGUCCACAACGAUUACACAAACCAACCUUUCCAUCUACCUCACCCUCCACCUCCUGUAUUUCAUUGGAACUCUCCAAUCCCUCCACCAUACGGAAUACCACCGGUAAUACCCCAAUUCUGGACCCCAUCCUAUCCACCUGCACCUGGAACAUUCCCCCAAUGA